GCCAUUUUGGCUCAAGCCAUUUUGAUUCAAGACAGGCUUGCUCGAGGCAGGCUUAAGUUUACAUCUCCCGCUUUACCUCUUCGCGCUGUUCCCCUCACGCAACCAUGGCCUUCAUGGCGAGAGCUCUUUCGCUCGCUGGCCUGUUGACUACCGUGGGCGCGCAGCAGAAAUCGGACUACAAGGAGGUCACGCCAGCAGCAGCAGGAACUGGAUAUAAUCCGGAGUGCAAGGACCUCGAGACAGUCGGCGAGUGGCAAAAUGUACAGUCGGCGGCCCAGUGCAAGACGUAUGCCACGAUGGUGGGGGGCACGUUUUCAGAUCUGCAACCUGGUCAGGCACCGUUCGGUUGCUCCGUGGGUGAUUGGGAGACAGCUAACGAAUACUACUACGUGCCAGACGCGACGCCUAAACGUGGCCCGACAAGCCAGGAGUACCACAACGUCUGCAUCUCGAUCUCAUACACCCCCCCACCCCCACCCCCUUGCCAGGGCAUGACCUGCCUCGAGAGGUUCGUGCAUUAUUGCGAGGAGAGCAAGGCGGACUCCGGCUCCAACAACAACGCGGCGGCGCCCGCGAAGUCUCCGAAGGACAUGUUCGUUGCCCAGUGCCCCGACUGCGAUGGCGUCGCCGACACGGACAGUUGCCCAACGAAGCUUCGCUUGUACGAUGCCGCUCAGGAGGCGGAGCCGACCUCGAGGCUCGACAAGACGUCAGUUGCGGUGUCAGUGCCGCUUGGAUUGGUGUCCGCUCUCGUCGCUAUGGGUGCGCUCGUCCGCGUCUCCCGCAGCCGCGCGUCCAACCAGCCAGUGCCCGUGGAGGACGAGCAAGACUUGCUGCGCAAGUGAACGAGUACGCCUGCGGCAGCAGCUUGGGACCAGAGGACACAAAGCUUGCCGAGUCCCGCAUGCUCUUCUGAGAUGCCUCCCCGCCUGACGUGCACAAUCGCUUUGCGCCAGCUCAGCGAUCAAAGUCGCGUGCCUCUCUCUCUCUCUCUCUCUCUCCCUCUCGCUCU